GUUAUGAGUUAUAAAAGGUAAGGAAGAAGGCCAACUCAACACCAUGCUCUGUAUAGCCAAAAAAAACAAAUAGAAAUUUAGAAACCAAAAAAACCCUAAUCUAAUCGUUCACUCGCUCGCUCACUGUUUCAUUGGCGAUAUAGAAAUUAGGAACAGAUCGAUUAGCAGAAAAAGAGAGAAUGGGAACGUGUUUUUCAGACAUGAAAGGAGGGAAGCAAGCGGUGGGAGGGAACAUCAAUGCAGGCACUGCCACGAACAACAAUGGAGGCCAAAACGACGCCGUCGAUCUCUUUUACAAGACGCAAGGGUUUCAACAAUUGUUCACACAAGUUGAGUUAUCUCUUUCAGCAUCUAACUUACUUGAUCGGGACAUUGCAUCAAAGAGUGAUCCCAUGGUGGUAGUUUAUGCAAAGAAAAGAGAUGGUAAAUUGGAAGAAUUAGGUCGCACUGAAGUCAUUCUGAAUUGUUUGAAUCCAGAGUGGAUAGAGAAAAUUAGUGUUGCAUUUCACUUUGAAAUUGUGCAACCACUUGAAUUUCAUGUAUAUGAUGUUGAUACAAAAUAUCACAGCGUUCCCACCACGACGCUAAAACUGGGAGAUCAAGAAUUCCUUGGAAUGACCAGUUGCACUUUAUCAGAGAUUGCGACUAAACCAAGUAAAAGCUUAUCGUUAAGGCUCCAAAACAAAAGCGGGCAUGGUGGUUUAAUAAGAAACCUAGGGGAAAUUACUGUUCAUGCUGAAGAGACUGUUGCUUCAAAGAGUGCAGUUGAGAUGGUCUUGCGUUGUUCUCACUUGGAUAACAAGGAUGUCUUUUCUAAAAGUGACCCUUUUCUAAGAAUAUCAAGAAUGGUUGAGAGUGGAGGUUAUAUUCCUAUAUGCAAGACUGAAGUUAUCGACGACAAUUUAAAUCCAAAAUGGAAAUCAGUUUGUCUUGGUGCCCACAAGUUUGGAAGUAAAGAUAAUCCAUUAGUGAUCGAGUGUUUUGAUUUCAAUAGCAGCGGCGAUCAUGUACUUAUUGGUAAAGUGCAGAAGUCAGUAGCAGACCUAGAAAAACUAUACAGAGAAAGAACAGGCGUAAAUUUUGUCAUACCAUCCACACGCCACAGACAGGAGAAGGUUCUGAAGGGUCAACUAUUUGUGGAUCAAUAUUGCGAAAAGGAACAAUUCAGUUUUAUUGACUACAUAUCUAGUGGUUUUGAACUGAACUUCAUGGUUGCUGUAGAUUUCACUGCUUCAAAUGGAAAUCCUCAGCAUUCAGAUUCUUUGCAUUAUAUUGAUGCAUAUGGUCGGUUAAAUUCAUACCAAAAGGCUAUAAUGGAGGUUGGAGAAGUUAUUCAGUUUUAUGAUUCUGAUAGGCAGUUUCCUGCUUGGGGAUUUGGAGGAAAGAUACCUGGUGGUACUGUAUCCCACUGUUUUAAUCUAAAUGGGAAUCCAGGUGCAUCUGAGGUUGUAGGAGUUGAAGGCAUAAUGGAUGCUUAUGUCAGUGCUUUAAGCAGUGUCACUCUCUCAGGACCCACUUUAUUUGGCCCAGUUAUCAACAUGGCUGCACAAACGGCUGCACAGUCCCUUACAUCAGUUAACAGCACUAAGUAUUAUGUGUUGCUUAUCAUAACGGAUGGAGUUGUUACGGAUCUUCAAGAAACAAUAAAUGCUCUGGUUAAAGCAUCUGACCUUCCCCUGUCGAUUCUUAUAGUUGGAGUGGGAAGUGCUGAUUUCACGAGCAUGGAGGUGCUGGAUGCUGAUAAUGGGCGUCAGUUGGAGAGUUCUACUGGUCGUGUAGCUACAAGAGAUAUGGUACAAUUUGUCCCUAUGAGAGAAGUACAAAGUGGGCAGAUAUCCGUUGUGCAAGUUCUUUUGGAAGAACUACCUGAUCAGUUUUUGUCUUUUAUGCGAAGUAGGGGCAUUAGCCCAUUGCCUUCCCAUUUCCCAAAAGCAUCCACUUCCACCAUGCAAUAGAUUUUCAAACUCGGGCACGUCAGGAAGAAGGAUUAGUGAAGAUGUUGUUUGGUUCGUAGCAGGCAAUCAAUGACCAAAAUAAUUAUCUGCUAAAGAAGUUGGCAUGGUUUCAUAUUUGCUUUUCUUGUUGAUAUGAAUUGUAAAUAGAAGCAUGAUGAAUCUCGGACGUAUAUUAGUGUGAAGGGUAUAUUGCUUUGCUUGGGGAUAAAAUUGCAAAGAAAAUAUAUCUUGGGUGAUAUACUCCUGGUUCCUCUCCCGUACAUUUGGAUAUUUCAUAGAUAACAUGGUUUUGUUAACUUUACGAAAUUGUCAAAUAUUCCAUCACCGAUGAAUUUAGACUAUUAUCAA